GGUCUUCCCCGACAGCCACACUCCAUAGCCUACUCAAGGAGCCCCCACCGCACAUACUCUUACAUCUUCCCUCCAUUCUCCCUCCAUAGCCGGCCAUGAAGCGGGAUCAGCUCUCCGAAUGCGGCGGUUGCGGCAUCCCGGAGCGGUUCUUCCUCCACAACCUCCGCCACAGGGCUAGUUACCGACGCCUCUGCACCAACUGCGUCCUCAAGAACCACCAGGGCCUUUUCUGCCCCAUUUGCCUCCAAGUCUUCAACGAGCCCCCUCCGCCUUACCAACGCCUCAUCUGCCUCAAAUGCCCUUCCGUUUCCCACCUCUCCUGCUCCUCCUCCUCCUCCUCCAUCUCCCAAUCCUUCACUUGUCCCCUUUGCUCCAACCCUAAUUUCUCCUUCUUCAAUCUCACCAGCAAGAAACCCAAGUCAACGCCGGAGGAUCCAUCCCGGACGACGACGACAACGACAACGGCAACGGCAACUACCUGUCGGCGAAAACGAGGGUUAUCGACAAGGAAACUGCCAAAGCGCUUCAGGCCGCUGCUAAGAUUGCUGCCGUCUCCAUGACCAAAGCUGCCACCGUUGCUAAAAUGGAGGCUGAACGGAGAGUCAAAGAGACUACUUUGGCGAAGAAGAGAACCAAAGAGUCUCUCGAGAAACUCGGCUUGUUGGCCCGUAAGGACAAUGAUAGACAUAAAUCGUCGCUUUUAAGCACUCCCAAAUCUAGAGCAAAAACGAAUACUUUAACUCUUCCUUCUCGUAUUCAUGAAAAGGGAAACAAUGGGUCGUAUUCUGUUUCUGCUGCUAAUGUACCCAAGUUGCAGCUUCAGCAUAGCGCUCAUGGUAUUCCUAAUUGACCCAUUGGUGAGAUUCCAACAAUCUCUGUAAAACUGUUUGUUUUUUGGUGGUAUGUUUAGUCUGAUGUUUAUGGAACCAUUAUGUCAAAUCUUUGUAGAGAUGAUUUAGGAAGCGAAUAGCCUGUUUAUUUGUACUCAAGCAGUUUGUUUGCAUUCCAUUGUAGUUUUCUCUUCUUCCUUGUAUGUAUUUUCAAUUUUCAUGAAGCUCGUUGUUUAUGUUUAUCCUAUGCCUCAAAACCGAAUUUUCUGGAUCCCUUCUCUGAUUAAGCUUAUCUGCCCAUUUAAGUUGUUUCGCAAUAGGUUCAGUUUAGGCAAUGCCUGCUUACAAGGGGGAAAAAGGUCAAAAAUUGUCUUCGGAUGCUUUGCAUCCUUGGAUAUGUCCGUUAUUAAUGCAUCGCGAUAGCAUAUC